GAAAGCCAAGGCCACCCAGAGAGAACACGAGACCAUCUGGAGGAAAAGAGAGAGGGAGUGAGGAAAAGAGAGAGGGAGUGAGGAAAAGAGAGAGAGAGGGAGUGAGGAAAAGAGAGAGGGAGUGAGGAAAAGAGAGAGAGAGGGAGUGAGGAAAAGAGAGAGAGAGAGAGUGGGUGAGGAUGAGUGAGUAAAAGAGUACAGAGGAGGAAGAGUUAAAUUACUUAGGAGUAUUGUCCAGCAGCAGAGGAAUAAAAAGCAGGAGGGAUAAAGGUAGUUUUUCCCUGCCAGAAUUGGUCUCUGGCCAUAGAUCAGCAGGUCUUAACAGAACUUUGCUAUAUUAAGCUCUGCAGAUAAUCUUACUCUGUUGUAUCGACCCGUCACUGCUGUGAUUCGGCAGUGUGUGUUUCGGCCCUGUGUGUGUGUGUGUGUGUGUGUGUCCUUUCUGAUCUACUCGUUGGCAGCUGAUAGGGUUUUUAUGGGCCCGUGUCAGGCAAGAGCGGCUAGUGAGCUACUGCCCUGACAGACACGCUGAAACACGCACGCACACACACACCACAGACUCACACACUCUGUGCCAUUUACAGGCAGUAGAGUAGGUUUCUACUCCAGCACAUGCUAACAGACACAUGAGGGUAGGCCCCUUGAUGCAGUAACUCAUACCACCUGAGUGUCUGUGUCAAUAGACAAUCACAUUCUGAGGUUGUAUGUGGAAUCUCCAUGGUGCUCAAAGAUGAACAAUUGGAUUUAAGUGCCAUGCUACAUUAGUUGACAUGCUGAUGUGCUCAAACAGCAUUUUUCAGAACAGGUGCUGCAUACUUGAUCACAAAUCCUUUUUGAUUCUGUCUAUUGGAAAGUGGCAUUCAUUUCUGUGGAUUGAAAGUCAAAAUGUUGUAAGACUGACAGCGUAGACACCAAACAACUCUGACUAUCACUCCAUCAGUGUGCUGGGUUAGACUCUUAGAGAGCGAUCCCCUCUGAUCUUCAAUCGCUCCUCUUGCUGCUCUCCUCUGUCUUGUAGAUGGUGUUUCUUGCGCAGUGUCUGCUGCACUGCCUGACAAUGACGGGAGGAAAUAAAACAGGGCGGAAGGACAGACAACGGUCACUGAGAGGGAAAGAAAGACGAGCGUGUUUUUGAGCGAGAGACUGAUAAUACAGAGAAAGAGAGAAUGAACCACUGUUGUUGUUCAGACUGAAUCACACCAGAGAGUGUGGACUUGUUAGAGAAACACUGAAAUAACAUUGAACAUCUCAGAUCCAUGAUGGAGCUGGUCCCUAAAACUAAGUACACUCACUUCCGGAGUGAAUCUCUCAGUUCGAAUGACGAUACCAACUCCAACCCUUUCUCCCUCCCCCCUUCCACCCCCGCAACCCCCCUCACCCCUCCUGGGCUACCCUCCUCCCUCUCCUCCUCCUCUCUCACCCCCAUCCUCCCCCCUUCCUCCCCCCGCCGGGCUGAGAACAGCCCCACCACGCUCUGUUCCUUCUUCCCCAGGAUGGGAGCCCUUCGCCUGGGCAUCUCUGCCGCUCUACUCCCAGGCCUCAAGGUCUCCAGCAGGCCUCAGCGGGCUCAAGCCCCCAUGGGGUCUUCAGGGGGUAACAGUUCCAGCUCUCCCACUCCUCACCCCCCUCCCUGUCUAACAGCCCCCUCUCCCCCCCAUCGCCCCUUUCUGCAGGAUAUGAACCGGCUGGGUGGGGCGUCCAGGAGGGCGCGGGUGGAGGGGGGGCAGCUGGGGGGAGAUGAGUGGACGCGCCACGGCUCCUUCGUCAACAAGCCCACCAGAGGAUGGCUACACUCAGACCUUGUGGUCAGCACCACUGGGGUUGCCUACUCAGUACGGUAUAUGGGCUGUGUGGAGGUGCUACAGUCUAUGAGGGCGCUGGACUUCAACACCAGAACUCAGGUCACCAGAGAGGCUAUCUCAGUGGUGUGUGAGGCAGUGCCUGGAGCCAAAGGAGCCCAACGCAAGAGAAAGCCGUCGUCUCGCUGUAUGACGUCCAUUCUGGGGAAACGUAACCUGCAGUUUGCUGGGAUGACCAUCAGCCUGACGGUCUCUACCAGCAGCCUCAACCUGCUGGCCUCCGACUGCAAACAGAUAAUUGCAAAUCAUCACAUGCAGUCCAUCUCUUUCGCUUCUGGAGGAGACCCAGACACAGCAGAGUAUGUAGCAUACGUGGCCAAAGACCCAGUCAACCAGAGAGCGUGUCAUAUCCUGGAGUGUUCGGAGGGCUUGGCCCAGGAAGUUAUCAGUACGAUAGGGCAGGCCUUCGAACUACGCUUCAAACAGUACCUGAAGAACCCCCCCAAACUGGUCACCCCCCAUGACAGGAUGGCUCCGUUUGACGGCUCAGCGUGGGAGGAAGAGGAAGAUGAGGGAGCACCGCCCCCUGCAGAUGUUCCGUACUAUAAUAACUUCCCCGGGAAACAACCUCCUCCUGGGGGACUGGUGGACAUGAGGGCCCGCCCUGGGGCUACACUGCCCUAUGGACAACCGGGUCAGAAUGAUAUUCACAAGCAGCCGCUUCCCCCUCUACCAAUGGGAGCAAAGGAGGGAGGGCGGGACCUGUGUGAUGACCCCUCAUACGUCAAUGUGGAUAAACCCCGCCCCACAACAGCUGCAGCCAAUGGCAACGCUCACAGAGAUGCGUUCGACAUGAAGCCGUUUGAUGAUUCCCUGGGUGUAUCAGGUCUGGGGGUCUCAGCGGCACCCCCUCUGGUGGAACAGCUGCAGUGUGAGGCCUGGUUCCACGGCAGCCUGAGUCGCAGGCAGGCUGAGAGACUGCUGACCCGUGACGGAGACUUCCUGGUCCGAGAGUCAGGCACCACCCCUGGACAGUACGUCCUCACUGGACAACAGGGGGGUCAGCCCAAACACCUACUACUGGUCGACCCAGAGGGAGUGGUACGUACCAAAGACCACCACUUUGAGAGUGUGAGCCACCUGAUCAGUUACCACAUGGACAACAGACUGCCCAUCGUAUCAGCAGGCAGUGAGGUGUGUCUGCAACAACCAGUGGAGCACAGGGCCUGAACACACACACAAAUACAGCAAUGCAACACUCACACACUCUCAGAAACACUACACACACUCCCACACUGACCACAUUAAGGAAAGCCCAAAAAAAACACCUCUGUCACUCUUUCUGCCAAAUCAUUUGCUCUCUGCUUUUCCUCACACCCUCUCCUCCUGGAUGACUCACUGUUACCUCCGUGAUCCUUCCUUCUGUUCAUCCUUCCGUCAUCGAGCUCCACUACCUCCAUCCCUCCAAAGAACGAGGGAGUAACAUCUAGGAACACUUUUUAUUUUCCUUCUCAGUGGGACAGAAAUUAAUACAAUUUAGUGAAAAACUGAGCAUUAUUAAUUAAAUCAUGCCAUAGAAUCAUUCAGAACUGAUACAAUCAUAGUAAAGGAGGACUAUGGACCUUGGAGGGGAGGAGUGAAAGGUAGAGAGUGGUCUUGAGCCAGACAUGGCAGAGGAAACAGUUUCUCUCACCGUCACAGAAGCACUCCAAAGACUUGUCUGAUGAUUGGACUCAUCAGAGAGCUCAGACAUGGACCCUCCAAUCAAAUAUCAUUUGAACACAGGAACAGCCAAUCAAAUAUCAGUGGAACACAUGAAUAACCAAACAUGACUGAGAUCAGGCCUUCUGUUAAUAUGCAUAGACAUUUUUGUGUCCACACCAAUCAGGGCCCUCGCUCACCCUCAAGCCACUCCCAUUAAAAGACCUUUCAUCUUUGACCAUUGACCCCCUGAGUGAUACCUGGUGAUGUCACGGAGGACGUCUCUGUAUGCAAAAAGGGGGUUGCUAUGCCAACAACCAUUGUCUCAGUCUGUCCAAAUAUGGACACGGUUUCUUUCCGGCCUCCGAAGGUGGAGUUUGAUAAAAGGAUGUGAUUCAUGCCCAUCCGACAUCCACCUGUCUGUCUGCAAUGGACUGGUCUCCCUGUCUGUCUGCAUGGGACUGGUCUUACCUUUCUGCUCUGAUCAUGACAAAGAAAGUGGACUUGGUUGGACUGGGACAGCAGAAACCAUGGAGAUGACUCAUACACCAACAUACAGUGUGUUAGUCUGUAUCUGUCGUGUACUUUCAUUGGGAGUAUAGUGUCUUUACAUAGAGAGGGAUGGAGAGAAGACUGGGAAGAGGCAGGGGGGAGGUUCCACAUCUAGAGAUGUCAUCAGACUUAGACAUGAUGUCAUCUGAAAGAGCUCAAACCAAUUCUACGACGAUGUCACAGUCAACCCAAAUGCGGUCGGCACAAUUUAAUCGGUGCGGUGUUGGGAUCGUAGUUCAGAUUAUUGCCAAUAUUUGCUUGCUUUUCAAUGGAUUUGUUGUUAAUAUCUGUUUGCCCUGACAAUCUAUGGCCAUGUCUCUGUCUGGACGGGUGGGGGGUGGAGAGGUUGGGGGGGAAUACUGGAUGAAGUGUGUUUUAAUGCCGAAAGCAUCCGGUCCAGAGCAUUCAAAGCAAUGAUCUUAUCUCCUCUCCAAAUGUGCUGCAACACUUGGUCAGGAGAUUAGCUUUUAGCAUUAGCAUUAGUGUGUGAUGUGUUUCUUCUCAGCUCACUGCAGGGAAAACUGUUAUCAGCGCUGUUCACAACGAAAUCUGGGAGCUUCGCGAACGUUGGUCAAACGUUGGACUUUGACGUGUUCCUUGGAAUUAGAAGAUAGUAGAGGGAGAGAAAGCGGAGGAAUCAUCCACUCCUCUCCCUCCUUCUCUUCAUGAUAUUUUUUGUAUCUUUUACUCGUGCCUUGUUUCUUCGAUGCAGUCACCUCACUCCAGUGCAGUCUGUCACCUAAUGUACUGUGCUUAUUGUACAGUCAGUCAGUUGAUGUACUUAAUCCAAAUGUAGUGGACCGUUGGAUCCUGUCACAUGGUCUCUCAGGCCAACAAACACUCUGCAAAAAGGACACUGACUCUCACCACCCAGGUCCAGUGAUGGCAAUCCGCUCCUCUAUUGCACAUUCAUUAUUACUUCCUGUUGUCACUUGUUGUUGUCACGGUUGCUCGAUGUCGCAGCUCUCAUUGGAGGGAUUUCCACUCCACCUGUAAAUAACAUCAGAUCUGAUUGGUCGGUUUGAGUUCUUGGUUCUGAAAUGAAAGUCUUUAUUGUUUAGAUGUUAUUAAUAACAUGGGUGGGACAGAACCAGAUACUGUAUUUCACAUGUAAUACUCAGAAUACUUUUCUCUCUGAAUCCAAUUCAUUUUGAUUCUAGCCAAUGAACCAUGUCCAGGUUUUUGAGGGAGGCUGAAACCAAACUGUAAACGUGGAAGUGAAAAGUAAACUGGGAUCUGCCACCUGCUGCACAAAAUAUUUCUGUCUCAUCAGUAGGGUUGCAAAAUCCCGUGGUUUUCCAGAAAUCCUGGUUGGAGGAUUCACGGAAUUCCUGCUUAUUCGCUCGUGUAAUUCUGGUAUUAUUUUAACCAGGAUUUGUGGAAAACCGGGCAAUUUGGGGAAAGUUAUCUGAAUUUUGCAACUCUAGUCAUGAGAAAGGGCUCUGAACCUGGACAGGUAAUUGUUUUAUUCAUCUUUCUCAUUGUGCUUCUGUGUGUGUGUUGUGUGGAUGAUCAGAGUUUAUGGUUGGGAUUGUCUAGUUCUUACAUGGUGGCACGUGUGCUCUGUGUGUGAGGCCUUUGCUUCAUUCUGUCACAAACACACAGGAGGGACAGCUGUGUUAGACACCGACUGUUUAAGUGACUACAGGUCCUGGAUAGGCAACAAGAAAACAAGUAUACAAGCCCCAAGGUGUGUGUGUAAAAGGAAUAAUCUAUCCUCUACAUAAUUUGUGAAGCAUUCUAGCAUUGUCAUUGUUCAUCACAGUUGCCUUUGUUGCAUGGAAACCCUUUUUUACAGUUUCUAUAUUGUUGUUGUUUUGAUGUACUUUGUCAUUUGAGUUUUGAAAGCCAAAGGGUUAUUUUCAAUUAGCCUUCACAAAUAUUGAUUUAAUGUUUUACUUUUUACAGUUCUGUUGUAAUACUCUUGUUCUUUUGGGGGAAAAUACAUCUGUUUACACCUGUAUUUGAAAUCACAGAUUGCAUAUAUCAUGAAACUUUCUUGGUGAGUUUGGUUUUAAAAUGCAGUUUCUGGAUUUA